ACUGGCCAUUUCCUUCUGUUUUCUGAGUAAAUUCGGUCACACUGGUGAAAUUUUCUGGUAGUAGCUGUGCUGUGAAAAAUAUUUAUAGUGAAAAAUAUACUUCAAAGCCACUUGCCCUUCUUUGGUGGAAAAUUGAAGCACAGCAAUUGCGCAGCAAAACCAAACAGAAACAUGGGCGAUGUUAUGAAUAUCGACAGCAUCAUAUCAAGACUUCUGGAAGUGCGUGGGGCACGGCCUGGCAAAAACGUUCAGCUCUCCGAGAAUGAAAUUCGUGGCCUCUGUCUGAAGUCGCGAGAGAUAUUUCUGUCGCAGCCCAUACUGUUGGAGCUGGAGGCGCCAUUAAAGAUUUGCGGUGACAUACAUGGCCAAUACUACGAUUUGCUGCGACUGUUUGAGUACGGUGGCUUUCCACCGGAAUCAAAUUACCUGUUUUUGGGCGACUACGUUGAUCGUGGCAAACAGUCGCUGGAAACCAUCUGUUUGCUGCUCGCCUACAAGAUCAAAUACUCGGAGAACUUCUUUUUGUUGCGCGGCAAUCAUGAGUGCGCUAGCAUAAAUCGCAUCUACGGCUUCUAUGACGAAUGCAAGCGUCGCUACACCAUCAAAUUGUGGAAGACAUUCACCGACUGCUUCAACUGCUUGCCAGUGGCAGCCAUUGUGGAUGAGAAGAUAUUCUGUUGCCAUGGCGGUCUCAGUCCCGACCUCUCGUCGAUGGAGCAAAUUCGCCGCAUCAUGCGACCCACUGACGUGCCAGAUCAGGGCCUGCUCUGCGAUCUGCUGUGGUCCGAUCCGGACAAGGAUACCAUGGGAUGGGGCGAGAAUGAUCGCGGUGUCAGUUUCACUUUCGGCGCCGAGGUGGUGGCCAAAUUCUUGGAGAAACACGAGUUCGAUCUCAUUUGCCGCGCCCAUCAGGUGGUCGAGGAUGGCUAUGAGUUCUUCGCCAAGCGACAGCUGGUCACACUCUUCUCGGCUCCCAAUUAUUGUGGCGAAUUUGACAAUGCUGGUGCGAUGAUGUCUGUGGAUGAAUCACUUAUGUGCUCAUUCCAGAUCUUGAAACCGGCAGAUAAACGUAAAAAGUAAUAUCAUCAAACUCCCAAAAAAAACACCAACAACAACCAAUCACACACUUUUCUAUAUACAAUGCAGGCAAAAAUUAUAAUGAUUCAACACAUAACCGAGGGGCAAUCUAAUUUUACAAUCCAACAAUCCGCACCACAAUAGCGACAAAGGGAAGAACCGAACGCUCUGCGAUUAUAAUGAAAAACAAAAAAUAUACAAUAAUAUGAAAUCCAAAAACCUGGAGAAAAUAUUAUCUUUUAAGAAAUAAAGAGAUUUGCUUCAACUACAAAAAAUAACAAGAAACAAAACAUUCACCAAGCAUUCAAAAAAAACAGGCAUGACAUGAUAAUUUAGAAAACAUAAAACUACCAUU